AUGUUGCGGCUGCUCCCUUUCUUAAUUCUCUCUUCUGCAUCAGCAUUUGAGGUGCUGGAUGUUGGGGCGCCGCGUACAGGCACCCAGUCCAUGCACAACGCUCUGAGGAUACUGGGUUUCAAGACGCUCCACAGCGGCUAUGAUUCUGAAAAGCGAAUUCCCUGGUGCGAGUAUUUGUUCGCCAACGGCCCUCUGCAAGAGGCAUUGGACACACUGGAGGGCUACGACGCUGCAAUGGACGAGCCUUUCCAGUUGGUCUACGAGGAGAUCAUGGAAGCUUUCCCCAAGGCAAAGUUUGUGUUGACCAUUUCCGACCCAGAGCGUUGGUUCGAGAGCUAUGUCAAGCUGAUCGCAGGCAUGUCUACGACUGAUUGGUUACACGGCGUUCGUGGAUUUGGACUCUUUUACGAAGAAAGAAAAGAUCAUCCGGAGAUACGUUACUGCGCAGCCGCAACCUACUGGGGCUGUGAGUUUGCCAACUUCACUGAGGAAUCCAAACGGCAAUGCUUGGAGGCAUACCAACAUCACAAUGAGCGAGUGCAGCAAGUGAUCCCAGCAGAUCGGCUUCUGGUGUUCAACUUUACAGCUGGCUGGGCGCCACUUGCCCACUUCCUUGGCAAGCCAAUUCCGGAUGAGCCUUUCCCACACGUAGACCUGGCGGGCUUAAUCUUCGAGAGAAAUCUGCCUGAAUCGGCUCAACCUGUUUCAUUUCUCCAGGAGUCCGUCCAGCUAAACACGGAGCUUUAA